AUGGAAUCAUUAAAUCAGACAUCAGUGACCGAAUUCACCUUGCUUGGUCUGACUGACAUGGCAGAACUUGAAAUUGUUUUUUUUCCUGUCUGUUUCCUAUUUUUCUUACUAAACCUUUCAGGAAAUCUCUUUAUCUUGGUGUUUACAAUUUCUAAUCCCAAUUUCCAUACACCCAUGUAUUUCUUCUUGGGGAAUUUAUCCAUCUUCGAUAUGUGUUUCUCUUCUGUCGUUGUGCCUAAAAUGCUGUUUGAUUUCUUGACCCCAACGAAGACCAUCUCAUUUGAGGGCUGCAUUUGUCAGAUGCAUUUUUUCCAUUUCUUUGGGAGCUCUGAGGCCACAUUACUCACAAUAAUGUCUUAUGACCGUUAUUUGGCAAUUGGAAGUCCCUUACAUUACUCACACAUCAUGACAAAUAAGGUUUGUCGCCUCUUAGUUUUUUUAUGCUGGGUUAUUGGAUUCUUGCAUUCUCUAUUGCACACGGUACUAACUGCAGUGCUUCCUUUUUGUGGACCUAACUUGGUAAACCAUUUCUUCUGUGACAUAAAGCCAGUGCUGAUCCUGGCUUGUACAGACAUCUCUCUGAAUAUGAAGCUUCUCACCAUGAUUACUGGAAUCUUAGCCACCUCCUCUUUUCUUUUGACGCUUAUUCCUUACAUUCUGAUUGGUAGACUCCUUUAUAAAAUAAAAACUACAGAGGGCAGAAAACGUGCAUAUUCUACCUGCAGUGCACACUUUACCGUUGUUCUUCUUUACUAUGGGACAGCAGUAUUUACUUACAUUAGACCUACGCAGAUUGAAUCUUUAAACCAAGACAGGGCUGCUGCCGUCCUAUUUACUGUCAUAACUCCGGCUCUAAAUCCAAUUGUUUACACCCUGCGUAAUAAAGAGAUUAAGAGAGCCAUAAAUCGAAUAAGAAAAGGCUUUUGUGGUAUAAUAUAA